AUGAAUAUUUUAAAAAUUGUUUUAAUAUUUUUAUCAUUAAUUUCAAUUUGUUAUUCUCAACUUGACCCAAGAGCAAUUGCAAUUCAAAAUUGGUCAAAUGGAACCUACCCAAUAGCAACUGUUGGUGAAUUAUAUUUUACAAGUCCAGGUUAUUCACCAAUUGUAUUUUUUGAUAAUUCUGAACAUAUUGGUAGCACAAAUAAUGCAUACAAUAAUUUAACUAAAAUUUUUUAUUGUAUGGUUAAUAUUUUAACUGAUCCAGAUUAUAUUUCACUUGAAAGAGUUAAUACUACAACUAGUUGGAAUAUUUUUCCUAUGCCAUAUUAUUUCUUAAAAUCUGAAUAUAAUUUCUCAAGUCUUGCAUCAGAUCAAAGUACAUCAGGAUACAAUUUAUUCGCAACUUUUGAGAUUACUGGUGAUAAGGAUGCAAAACAAUUCAGUAUUGGUAAGAUUUCAGCAGAAUCUCAAACUAUCAAAGUAAUUGAUAAGAUUCCAGGUGUAUUCCAAUCCAGCACAUUCGAUGCCAACCCAGGCGUAAUGAAAUUUUAUGUAAUUUCAAACUACCAACAAAAGACCUACAUCAAUACAUACUCUUCCCAAGGUGCCAUCAUUAGUAGAGAUGUCUAUACUUAUAAUUUAUACAUGCAAUUACAACCAACUGGUGUCUCUAGUAAUAUGUUUUAUUGUAAAAGAGAUAAAAACAUGUAUUUCACCAACAACUUACUCAACAACAACAACAACAACAACAACAACAACAACAACAACAACCUAAAUUCAGUUUAUGAAGCACCUGGAUUAUUCGUAGUUUCUCCAUCAACACUCUCUUUAAAUGAUACCGGUUUAACUGAUAUCUCGGUCUAUAGAAGUGGUACAAUCUCUGUAAUUUCAAUGGGUUGUGAUCUCAAUCAACCAGUGAUCUACUCAAUUAGCACAACUCAAUUAUUAAAUCUAUAUCCAUUCGGUUUUACACUCGAUACUAUUAAUUUAUCAACUAACCAAAUCUCAAGUGCAAACUUUGCUAGCAAUAUUUUAAAUUUCUAUGUUUAUAAAUAA